AUGGAGAAAUUGUUACUUACUAAAAAGAAAAAAUUAAACAGAGACCUAACAGAUUACGCCAAUAAAUGUGCCUACCCAAGGCCUUCAUGUAAAUUACAUACACCCCAGGGCGAGGCUGACAAUCAGGUUGAGCAAAUUAAUGCUAUUAAUUUUGCAGAUAACAACAGCAAUGGUAACAAUCAGGAUAAUUUUCCCGGGCAGAGACAGGGCAUCAGAAGGAGCCCAAGGUUUAACAACAACAAUGCUGGUGUUAGUAAUUCUAACCAAGAGAAUACACCAGUAUAUGUUUCCCGGGAUAAUAACCAUAUACAAGACCAACCUAUGGGGGAUUCAAAUCAACAGGAAGGCCGGGAUUUUCACCAGGCCAACAAUGUCCGGGCCACCAAUCGCAUCAGAGCCCAGACAGCGAACAACACGAGGAACAAGAGACGGGGAAGGAGGAGAUGA